UUCAAUUAGUAACAUAAUAUGAUAUUGGAAUAUGCUGCAUAGUUUUUGCUGAGUAAAACUUCAUAUCAAUUGUCAAUCAUGGAUUGAGUUGCUAUUGUACACAGCUUGUGGUUUGUAGAGUGAUAGUAUCAUCUGUUUAGUUUCUAUUUCUGCUAAUUAGCACCAGAGGUAUGUAUCUCUCUGUUCUGUGGCACCAGGCUCUGGUAAUUAUGCACCAGUCUCAUUGUUCUGCAAUAAACAUUCGAUCUUUAAGCUUUAUAUAUCAUAUCUCUUGUUGUUUGAUUGCAUAUACAGUCUAAAUUCAAAGAUUAGGAAUUUAGGAUCCAUGAAACUAGAUAUUUUAGAGAAUUUUGGUACACUAAUUAUCACUACGUGUUCAGUAUUUAGUCUGUUUUACGCGUUUACUCACUAAACAUAUUAUCCAAUUUAUUUUGUAACAUAUAAUCUCCUUAAAUCAAAGGAGCAUACUAAGUAUUUAAAGUUAUACCAAUAUUCUUCAACAUCUUUGUCAACUAACAGGAAGCUCUGCACCAUUCUUUGCUGGUUUUUGGUGAAUAAUAACAGCAGGGAAUGGGAGGUUGCUGCUGUUCUUCCAGAAAAGCUCAUCUCAAUGGAGCACCUGUGUAUUUCUAUUGCUCACCAGCUUUGGAAGAGGAAGAAUCCCUAACAUCCCGUGAUGUUGCAGCCUCUGCAAUAACUGCAGGAAUCCUAGUUAAUCUGGGUCUGGAAACAUCAACACCAGACACUUACAGAUCCCCUCCUACACCCCUGCCAUAUGAUAUGGUCUUCGGAUGUCCACAAUCAACAGAUUCUGAUUCUGUCAGAGACACAAAUAGUUGUAGUAGUUUUAAAACUUCUACUUGUGGAGAUCCUGAGGAAUCAGACUGCAAAGUUCUUGAAAAUUCUUUACCAGUUUCACCAAAGAAGCUAAAACUUUCAGCCUCGAAUGAAGCUAAUGUUUUAGCAGGAGAAGAUGAGGAUGAUUGUCCAAUUUGUCUUGAAGAGUAUGAAAGAGAGAAUCCUGAAUUCACCACAAAAUGCGGACACCACUAUCACCUCUCCUGCAUUCUUGAGUGGAUGGAAAGAAGUGACGCCUGUCCUAUAUGUGAUCAGGUUUGCCAUUUGCAACAAGUGAUAUAUGCAGUUUUUUUUGUGAAUGUAUCAUCAUUGUUUUAUACCAUGAGUGCAUUUUUCUAGAUGUCUUUAGUGUUCAUCUGCAUUUAUCUCCCGUGCUCGAGAGGAAGUUGUUUUACCAAAAAAAACAGAAGGAAAAAAGAGGUUGAGAAAACAGUAAAAGUAAAAUGCAGCACCUUUGUAUUUUGGUGGAAUGACUGUGGAAAGGUCAUAACUUUCUUUGUGAGGCUAUCUAAUGGGUGACUGGAUGGAACCUAGGUGCUAUUUAUGAUGAAAUAUUUUACUGGGUUUGUCUAUAUGAUUCUAAAGCCAUCUAUAAAACAAAAUACUCCACUCUGGUUUGUUGCUUAAGAUAUUAUCUACUUGAUGAUGUUACAGGAACUGUUAUUGGACCAUACCUAUAGUUUGUAGCUCCUUACUGCUCCUGUGUUUGAGAUCAAUGAUGCAAGUUCAGUAGACCGUAGGUGCAUAGUAGAGUAACUGGUUUGCAGAUUCAUUCUGACGUGGUCAUGCUCACCUUGAAGGUUGACCUGAAUCUAAAGUUAGCUGUUGUAAUGGAUUAGUUCUUGGUAAAGCGUCCUCCUUUCUUUAGAGAUUGACUCGUAGUUAUCAGACAGGGCUGUGCAUUGUGAGUGGAGCAAUCAAGAAGUAAAGUCCAAUGCCAUGGAAAGCAGAGAACCAAAUGAGUUAAUGCCAGUGCUACCGUCAAUGUUAGUUUGCUACAUCUCUUCUGUACAUAUCUAGUUUGUUGUAACUACUGCUUUUGAUAUUCGUUAUACGCCACAUAAAUUGAUUUGUGCUCUGCCUGCAGACUGCAGUUGAUUUGUACAUAACAUCUUUCCCGAUUGAUUUCAUUAGGCAAUGCUAGUCGCCCUUGUAUAGCUUGUUAAUCACAUUUCAUUGAUAGUGGCAUUAUAUUAUUGAAUCAAUGAAAAAUGAAAGUU